AUGCCGAGCCCCGGUAAUUCCGCCGCGCUUUUUCCUGGUUUGGAAGAAUUCCCGCAGGGAUCAGGUUUCCAGCAGCCCGGCAAUCUCAGAACGGGGAAUCCCAUCCCCCUCACGAAAUUAAAGAACCGGUUUUACACAAGGGCAGCCUCCACGGCCCGGCACCUGUACCUGUGCGGCGGAGCCCGCGUGGGCUCUAUGGUCAAGGUGCACGGGGGCCGGCCCAGCCACUGCAGCCGCGGCUCGGACGCCAUGGCCCGCCGGGUGCUGCAGGCGCUCGAGGCACCCAAGGCAGUCGAGAAGGACCAGGAUGGGCCGCAGGGGCAGCGGGACCUGCAUCUCAUUGCCAAGCAAGUCGCCACCACCACCAAGAACCACUGA